ACCAAUCCGGAUGUGCUGCGUGAGUUGAUUCCCGGAAGAGCUGGUGCUCAGGUGCAGUGACAGAUCCAGCCGUCGCACGAGCAUCCCGUUCCCUGUGCGCCCAGGAGUCGCGGGCUGUGUUUGGGGGGCACCGCUGUUUGGUAUAUUCACGGGCGGCGGGCGGAGAGCUGGAGGCUAUUUAAGCUCCGGCGUUCCAGAAACCAAAUGCACGUCUUAGUACAGAAUCCUCUAGAAAAACUAAAAAUACUGAUCUCAACGUCCGGUUCUUAGAAACAUAGAAUCUGAUGGCAGGAUGAACGUGGGGUGAGCUGCGAUGGGCUGGGUGCGUUUGGCUGAAGAUCCAGUGCCUUUCUGCUCACGAUGGCUUCCGAGAUGGAAAAGGCAAGCGCCCUGCUCCAGACUUUCAGCACCGCCUCGGUGCUUUCCAGUUUAGGACUGAGUGUGUUUUGCUUCCUGGCAGACAAAGUCCAGCAGGCGGCGUUUAUCCAGCAGAACGAGUGGCUGAGGGCUCUGUCUGAUAACGGCACGCAUGGAAUAAUCGGAAUGUGGUCGUGGGCCAUAGUGAUCGGUCUCCGGAAGAGAAGUGACUUUUAUGAAGUAGCACUGGCCGGAUUCUUUGCUUGUGUCAUUGAUCUCGAUCAUUUCUUUCUUGCCGGCUCGCUGUCACUAAAGGCUGCAUUACAGCUGCCCCACCGCCCUCCGCUCCACUGCUCCACGCUGAUACCCAUCGUGGCCUUGGCACUGAAGCUCCUAAUGCAGCUCCUGAGGCUGAAGGACUCGUGGUGCUUCCUCCCUUGGAUGCUGUUCAUAUCGUGGACGUCACACCACGUUAGGGAUGGGAUUCGUCAUGGACUGUGGAUCUGCCCAUUUGGAAAGACUGCUCCCCUGCCUUAUUGGCUGUACGUGGCAAUCACGGCGUCCUUGCCUAACUUAUGUUCUCUCUUCAUGUACCUGACUGGGACUAGAGACCUGCUGACUGCCAAGCAUGGAAUUCGCAUUGAUGUUUAGCAUUAAUAGAUUAUUGAAAUUUAAAGAGUUUAAAUGUUUACAGAAAAU